UCUUUUAAUUUGUAGGUGUGAACAAUUAUCGCGGAAAAUUUGCAAUGGUUUCAAAUAAACAAGAAACCAUUCGUGAUAAAUCAAUUAAUUCCACGAUUUGUUUAAUUACUUUAAUGGUUAUAACUUUAAUUGAGUAAUACGUGCCACUGCGGAGUUUAGUAUUUAAAGAUGUAUACAUGGUAGUAUACCAUUAUUUAAAAUUGAUAAUUCGACUAACACCAUGCCUGUGCCUCCUUGUUUGUUUUGCCUACUACGGGUGUACCAAAACUCCAGAGCGGUGACAUGUGACAACUGUUCACGGUGGCAUCAGAUAAAAUGUGGUAACACUGGGAUCACAGAUGAGCAAUACGACGCCACUGUUGCCGAAAAUCGGGAUCUUCAAUUUGUGUGUAUGCGCUGUCGGCACAACAACACCGAUGAGAAUGGUGAUCUGAUGGACGAGAUAGUCAACUCGAUACCGGAUUCGACAAACACCACCAUGGAAUCAACGACAACGUCAGCCAUGUCACUCCUUGAAGAGGAAAUGGAAGUUGACCACGCGUUCGACAUCACACGACCGGAACGGGAACUCCCAUCGGAAGAAAUGGAGCAGUCGCUACAUGACGCCACAGUGACGGACAUCGUACCCACUGCUCCAGUCACCUUCAAGAUAAAACGAGCGUUCCAUCUCAACUAGUCAGCUGCUGGACUUGUGUUCAGCCAUGUACGGACCUGUGUAAAUAGUUGUUGUUGCUGUUGUUGUUGUUUGUGUUAAUAGUGUUUAAAUUUGUUAUGAAUAAAACGUUUGAAUAAAAUCAUUUUCAUAAAUUCAAUGUUGAUAAUAUUAAGAUAU